AAGUGCUAAAGCAAGGAAAGGAGACGGAAGACAAGAUACUGGAAAUCAGAGGCUGCAUCCAAUUCUUCCUUCAAGACUUCUCACCCUUCUUGGUGAGCAGAAAUGGGAGACUGGAGUUUCCUGGGAGAGUUCCUCGAGGAGGUCCACAAACACUCUACAGUGGUGGGGAAAGUCUGGCUGACUGUGCUCUUCAUCUUUCGGAUGCUGGUGUUGGGUACAGCAGCCGAGUCCUCCUGGGGAGAUGAGCAGUCUGACUUCAUGUGUGACACCCAGCAGCCUGGCUGCGAGAACGUCUGCUACGACAAAGCUUUCCCCAUCUCCCAUGUCCGGUUUUGGGUCCUCCAGAUCAUCUUUGUCUCCACCCCAUCACUGGUGUAUAUGGGCCACGCGAUGCACACGGUGCGCAUGGAAGAGAAGAGGAAGAUGAAGGAGGCAGAAUUAGAAGCCCAGGAGAUGAAAAACAACGGUGACACCUACUACCAGCAGAAGUGCCCUGUGGCAGAGAAGGCUGAGCUGUCUUGCUGGGAUGAAUCAGGAGGCAAAAUCAUACUCAGAGGCAGUCUGCUGAACACCUACGUCUACAGCAUUUUGAUUCGCACUGCCAUGGAAGUGGCCUUCAUUGUGGGACAGUACAUCUUGUAUGGGAUCUUCCUGGAGACCCUGUAUAUCUGCCAGCGAGCCCCUUGCCCCCACCCUGUCAACUGCUACGUUUCCCGCCCCACAGAGAAGAACGUGUUCAUUGUCUUCAUGCUGGCUGUUGCAGUGCUCUCCCUGUUCCUCAGUCUGGCUGAGUUGUACCACUUGGGCUGGAAGAAAGCCAAAGAGAGGUGCUCCCGGUCUUACAAACCCAGCCCCAACACAGCUCCUGGCAGACUAGAGUCCGCCCCACAAGUAGAAAGGGCCCAGAUGUACACUCCUCCACCAGAUUUUAACCAGUGCUUGUCAAGUCCCAAUGGGAAAUUCAUAAGCCCCUUCAGCAACAAGAUGGCCUCCCAACAGAACACCGCCAACUUUGCCACCGAGAGGGUCCACGUCCAGGAGAAUGCUGCUGGAGAAGGGCCCUUCCUUAAGUCCAGCUAUGCUGAGAGCCCAGAGGUGGCCAACGAAUGUGCAGCACCCACCUUCCCUGAAAACUACUUCAACGAGAAACGCCGUUUCAGCAAGCCCAGCCGUGCCAGCAGCAAGGCGAGGUCGGAUGAUUUGUCUGUGUGA